GUGUACUGUCAGUGCAAGACUGUAAAUAGUGUCGAAGUGAUGGCUGUGUAUUUGUUGUAUUGCUGAAGUCGAACAAUCGAACAUCAACAAUGGAGUUGACAGAUACAUACUAUAACAAAUCUGAAUAUGUCGAAACGGCAUCAGGAAACAAGGUUAGCAGGCAGACAGUUUUGUGUGGCUCACAAAACAUAGUACUGAGCGGAAAAGUAAUUGUUCAAUCUGAUGCCAUAAUUAGAGGAGAUUUAGCUAAUGUACGGGCAGGCCGGCAUUGCAUUAUCAGUAAGCAUGCAGUCAUUCGACCACCAUUCAAAAAAUUCAGUAAAGGUGUGGCCUUUUUCCCAAUACACAUGGGUGAUCACGUGUUUGUUGGUGAACGCUCAGUGGUAAAUGCAGCAAAUGUUGGUUCAUAUGUUUACAUCGGCAAAAACUGUGUUAUUGGCAGACGAUGUGUUCUCAAAGACUGCUGCAUGAUUGAAGAUGACACCGUACUACCGCCAGAAACAGUUGUUCCAUCAUUUACGCGCUACUCUGGAUCACCUGGUGUCUGUGUUGGUGAAUUGCCAGAAUGUACACAGGAUUUAAUGAUAGAAUUUACACGAAAUUAUUAUCAGCAUUUUCUACCAGCAAAAUAAGACAUGUAUUUGUGUAAACCUACUGUGUGACACUUUUUCUGUUACAAGAUUGCUUCAAAGUUGAUAUUUACUCAUAUAAUUCAAGUGUACAGUUGAAGUGUAAAUAACAGCAGUUACAUUGGAAUGAUGUGCAAGUUCUCCUUACAAGGAAUUUGCACCAAAAUUUUGUGAUACUUUUGUCUGCUGACAGGUUAAAGCAAUUUCGUUUUUCUACCUUUAUUUGUAGUAGUUUCAUUUUAGUUCUUUUCUUUAACAUAUGUCCAUUCACACUGAAAGGUGUGUGUGAAAGAAUGCUACAAUCAGUUAUGAAAUUUUUCUUCUUUGAGCAGUUUAUGGCGCAGGAAGAAAUCUGUAGAUUACUAAGCUCACUGGACAAAAGAAGCAAAAUUUAAUACCCUCUAAUUCCACGCCUGGACCUAAAAACUAUCUGGAUUUGAUUAGAAGGUGAGACCACGGGGUUGUGUGGGUACACAGCAUCCAGGUUAAGCCACUUGCUGAGGAUUUGAUCUUGCAAUUCCACCAGAUGUGGGGAUGCUGAUGUCGGUAUUUUACGUGCUGUACUAUAGCCCACAGAUUUUGAAUGGGAUGCAAGUUAGGUGACUUUACAGGACAGAUGAGAUGUAAUAGUGUGGGGUAGUGUUCAUAAAACCAGUGGCACACACUUUCAGCCUGAUGUGCUGUGCUGUUGUCAUUAUUAUGUGCCUGCGUGAGUAGUGGCAUCUUGUGAGGUGACAGACUCUGAACGUUGAUUUCAUACAGUUCUUGUCAGAAGGUUCUCUCACUGACAGACUAGGAUGGACCUUCAUUCACUGCCUGAGGCAAUUCCUGCUGGGUUUGGAAGCCAUUUUGAUUCACAAGCUUUGAAAUGGGUCUCCGAUCCCUCUCAGUCAGGAUCGUUCUGUGACCACAACUCUGAUGUGUUUUGUGGCCACUUGUUACACCACUGCCUGUAGGCAUGUUAAACAGUCUGCUGUGAAAUACAAAUUCAGUAACUUCACACAUGAUAUGACCAUGGGCAUGGCCAAACACAAUUGCCCCUUUUUGCCAUUCUGUCAUACCCUUACAUUUACCCAUGUUUAUGUACAGUGUCCACUUCAAACAUAAAUGUCUCACUGAUCACUACUACCUCAAGCUCACUGAGAGGCAGUGCUUGCACUGUUGAGCACAUGACUCAACCGCUGCACCACCUGUAAAGGCGUGACGAUACGUCUGUGUCUGUGCGUUGGAGUGAUUAAUUUUUUGUCUGGUGAGCUUAUGUUUGAUUUACAUACCAAAUCACACUGUUUAAGUAUCUAAAACUGACAAUGUUAACAACUAUAUCAUUAAUAUUCUAUCAGAAUCAUACCAUUAACAUCUCAUGAGUAUUUAGUGAAUGAUUUUUCCAUUAUAAAUUAUUAUCAAUUAGUGGAAUAAAAAACUGGUUCAGACACAUAUACAUGCUCUAGAAAUAUCAUAAAAUGAAACAGUCAACUGAUAUUUAUACUACUUUUAUUUGUACUACUUACUGCAGCAUACAUAUAAAACAUUUUUUUUAUAUA